AUGGCAGCAACAAGGGCAGAUAGAUGGGCGGAAUGGCAGGCAGGAGGUACCACCACCAGCAGCACCAGCAGCAGCAGCGCACAACACUGCAACGGUUCGGUGGAUCAGGGCAGAGUCACUCAGAUGGGAUCAGAGGAGAGAGGUGGACUUGCUUGUUGGAUCCAUGGACUCGUCAGAACAGGAGACCAGUACCACCACUGGCCCCGGCCCCGAGCAGCAGAACGACAUCAGCCAGCAGCCACAGCAGCGUGCCUGCCUCCCAGGACCCAAGGCGAUCAGCCCCCGGAAACACAAUAUUACAGCAAAGCACUCGUCCGUGUCGUCUCAUCAAUAGAUCUCCCUCGAUUAAAACAGCACUUUCGACUGACUGCGUAUGUCGUCAGCAGAAACAAUAACAACAAACACCGCCAGAAGAGCAGGAAGCAUUAUACUCCUCACUGA